UGUAUUUACUCCAGCAGAAGAUAAGCAUCUGAAACAGCUUGCUAAGGAAUUUAAAGAAAAAGAAUGGGACAAAAUAGCACAACUGUUAAAUACUGGAAGAACUGCAAUUCAGUGUUUUGAGAGAUAUCAAAUUUCAUUGAACAAUCAUUUUACCAAAUCGUACUGGACUCCUGACGAAGAUAAACUGUUGCAAGAAACUGUGGAUCGAUUGAAAGUUGGAAACUUUAUUCCUUGGAAUGAUGUUUGUUCUUACAUAGAAGGACGGACCAGACAGCAAAUUAUUAAUAGAUAUGAAAGAAGUGUUUGUAAAGAACUUGUUAAAGUAGGUUGGUCAGCUAGAGAGGAUGCUAUGAUAAUAGCUUGUGUAAAACUACUUGGAUGCAAAUGGAAUAAAAUGAGAAACUUUUUGCCUCGUAGAUCUGCUUAUGCUAUUCGAGAAAGGUACUGUAAUUCUUUAGACCCUACUUUAAGAAUUGGAAAUUGGUCUAUUGAAGAGGAUAAAAGACUUAUAAAGUAUAUAAAAGAAAUUGGUUAUGGCAAAUGGGGAAAAAUUGCUGCUCAUAUGCCUGGGCGUACAGAUAAUAUGUGUCUUUUCCGUGCUGACCGUCUAAAGGCCCACACAGAGCUAAAAACGUUACCUCAUCUCAAAGGCAAGGAGGCAGAUAAGCUAGAUAUACUUGUUGAAAAGCUAAGGCCAUUUGCCCCAUCCAAAUCCUGUGUAGCACAAAAUUGUAGAUUGCAAGAGAUGCGAAAUACGGCUUUUGAACUGCUCUUAAAAGUCUUACACAAAAUCAAACCUGACACAGAAUUUGAUUCAAAUAUUCACACUCUUGAUCUAUCAUCCUUUCGAGUAUCUCUUUUAUACGAGAUUCAGAAUGAGCUUAAAAAAAGUAUUUAUGAUGAUGAUCAUGAGCAAGCACAAAAAUACCAAAAGAGAAGAACUCCAACCGGAAUUCCCAAACACAAGGGCCGGAAUUUACGUUCCUCGAUUAGGAGUGAUGAUGAAAAUGAUGACGAGGAAUUAGAGUUGAACGAUGAUGAUGAAAAUUUUGAUGAAAAGGAUAAUAAGGAAGAAAGUGAUGCAGAUGCACCAGAUAAGGAAAUAGAAUAUUCUGAAGAUGAUGUGGCAUUCAGUAAAGAAAUAAUAAAUAAGAGAUUCACAGAAGCAGGACCAAUAAUGCCUCUUCAUCAUGGAAAAGUAAUUACUGCAUGCAGUCUUAAACAUCAUUUGGAGACCAAAUUGUACCUUAAGUAUCUUCAAAAGGAAUUUGGUGUUUCUGAAGCAGCAGUUAAAGAAGAAGAAGAAGAUUAUGUGUUAAAUGGCAAAAAUUUGGCUCAUAGUGUUAAUGAAAUUACUAUUCGCUUUAUUAAUUCGUAUUCCCCUGAUGGCUUUGAGGUGCAGCCCCCGACAGUUGCCUCAAUGAGUGCCUUAGAAGUAAUGAAAGAAUCAAAGCCUAGAAUUGAACGAAUGGCAGAUUUUGUGCAACAUAGUCAGUCAUAUCUUGAAUAUCUUUUUGGCAGAGAAACUGAGCUAAAAUGUUUGAAAUGUACUCAUGCAAAUAUAGAUCUAGAUAGUAAUGACACAUUAUGUAACCCUACUAGAGGCUCAGCUUUUAUGAAAAGUCUUCACAGACCAUUGAAAGACAAUAAUUUUGUUCCUGAAGAAAGACUUGUGGAUGCUCUUGCAACGGAAAAUUCAUUUUGUGAUGAUGAUCCUUGCGAAACGACUAUUAUCAAUUUUCCUUUGGCCAUACCUACUUUCCAAGACGUAUUUCACAGAUGA